GCAAACCCCUUUGGGUUGUUCCCCGAUAGACUCAAGGCCAGCCCGGAGUGGGUGAGAGCAAAGCAAACAGCCUUAUCUUGGCAGCCUGUGGCCUCAACUAUAAAGACGGAAGUCGCUUGAGUCCUCCUCUCACUCAAGAUGAAACUCCUCGUGCUGGCUGCUCUGCUCACAGCAGGCGCUGCUGCGCACAGCAUCAGCACUCGGGCCGUGUGGCAGUUCCGCAACAUGAUCAAGUGCACCAUCCCCGGAAGUGAGCCCCUGAAGGAGUACAACAACUAUGGCUGCUACUGCGGCCUGGGCGGUUCAGGCACCCCAGUGGACGAUUUAGACCGGUGCUGCCAGACCCAUGACCAUUGCUACUCUAAGGCCAAGAGGCUGGAAAGCUGUAAAUUCCUCCUGGACAACCCCUACACCAACUCAUACUCAUACAAGUGCUCCGGGAAUGAGAUCAUCUGCAGUGACAAAAACAAGGAAUGCGAGGCGUUCAUCUGCAACUGUGACCGCGAGGCCGCCAUCUGCUUCUCCAAGGUUCCAUACAACAAGCAGUACAAAGACCUCGACACCAAGAAAUACUGUUAGACUUGUACCUAAAUUCCUGCCUACGCCAUCCCUGCCUGCCUUGUCUUCAUACCGCGCCCUCUAAUAAAGCACCUACUGAAAGAGCCUG